AUGAACACCGCAAUUUUUAACGACAAAGUAUCCAUGACCAGCGUUGAAAUCGCAGAGCUGGUUGGAAGUCAACACGGCAAUGUCAGAAUAUCAAUAGAGCGUCUGGCAAAACGCGGGGUGAUUCAACUUCCUGCAAUGCAAAAAGUUGAGAACGAACAAUCAUUUAGCCAAAACAAAUUCACAAACGCAUAUAUUUUCGAAGGCGAACAAGGCAAACGCGACAGCAUCAUUGUCGUCGCACAACUUUGCCCGGAAUUCACUGCCCGCCUGGUAGAUCGUUGGCGCGAACUGGAAGAGCAGGUGCGCAAACCAAUGAGCGAAAUCGAAAUGGUUGCCGCGAUGGCUCUUGAAGCAGUUCGUCAGCAAAAACGCCUCGACAAGAUGGAAGAAAAAGUUAGCCACGUUGCCGAAACUGUCGAACAAAUCAAAAGAGGCACCAUACGCGAUGGUUAUGCAGGAUACCGUCAGCUGGUGGCGAAAACAGGUAUGUCAGAUGCGAAAUGCCGCAAUCUGGUGAACGCAUAUCAGAUCCCUACCGACACCCAUGAAUUUAUGACGCCAGACGGAUUAUUGUCUCGUCGCGCGAUGAGUGAAGCAGAACCACGAGGUACUCGCUGGUAUCACCCGAAAAUGGGCCUGUUUCAGGCGCUGGGCUGGCAGGUGUAA